AUGCAGGGAGUUGAGAAAGUCAGGAAGGUAUAUGAAAAGUUUAUCAAGAAUCUUGGAAGCGGAAUACGAGCAGGGGAUGAGUCGAUAGUAGAAGAUGUGGAGGAGAUAGAAGCCGCAGUUGAGGACUUUGUGGCAGAGCUCGAUGAUGAGGAACGGAAUGGCAACAUAAAUGGAGAUACUUGA